GGCCCCGGGAUGCUGCUCCGGCCCCGGCGGCCGCCGCCCCUCGCGCCCCCCGCGCCACUGUCGCCGACCAGCCCCGACCGCGAGCCGCGGCCUCCCGGAGACGCCCCGGCGACCCCGCCCGGGAGGCCCGCCUCGCCGAGCGCGCUGGGGGAGGUCAUGUCGCCGGUCUCCCCGGGCUCCGCGCAGCGCACGCCCUGGAGCGCGCGGGAGACGGAGCUGCUGCUGGACACGCUGCUGGAGCCGGGCGUGUGGCGCGCGCUGCUCCUGGACCGCCGCCAGGCGCUGCCCACCUACCGCCGCGUGUCGGCCGCGCUGGCCCGGCAGCAGGUGCGCCGCACCCCCGCGCAGUGCCGCCGCCGCUACAAGUUCCUCAAGGACAAGUUCCGCGAGGCGCACGGCCAGCCGUCCGGGCCCUUCGACGACCAGAUCAGGCAGCUCAUGGGGCUGCUGGGCGACAACGGGCGCAAACGGCCCCGCCGCCGCUCCCCGGGACCCGGGCGCCCCCAGCGCGGCCGCCGCCCUGCCCCCAGCGCGCCCGCCCUCGCUCCGAGCGCACCAGGCGCCGGACAGCUGCCGGCCGACGCGGACCCUACCUGGAGGCUCCGCUUCAGCCCGUCCCCGCCGAAGUCUGCGGAUGUCGCCCGCGCCCCGGCCUCCCCGCCAAUCCCCGCCCCGACAGCCCUCGCCACCUGCCUCCCAGAGGACCGCGCGCCCGUCCGCGGCCCCAGUUCCCCACCGCCGCCAGCCCCCGACCCGACCCGCGAGGACCCCGACUCGCCGCCCGGCCGCCCGGAGGACCGCGCGCCCCCUCCUGCCGCUCCCCCGUCGCUGAACGCCGCCCUGCUGCAGACCCUGGGGCACCUGGGCGACAUCGUGGGCAUCCUGGGCCCGCUGCGCGACCAGCUGCUGACCCUGAACCAGCACGUGGAGCAGCUGCGCGGCGCCUUCGACCAGACCGUGUCCCUGGCCGUGGGCUUCAUCCUGGGCAGUGCGGCCGCCGAGCGAGGGGUCUUCAGGGACCCGUGCCAGUGA